UCAACUCUGAGACUUUUUUUUCUUUACUGUUAUAGAUACAAAUCUAUAAUCAUGUCAGAAACCGCACCUGCCGCGCCGACCACUCUUGCCGCGGAGAAGACACCGACAAAGAAAAAGACCCGUAAGUCUUCAGGUGCCACGAAGCGGAAGGCGUCCGGGCCCCCGGUGUCCGAGCUCAUCACCAAAGCGGUGGCUGCUUCUAAGGAGCGCAGCGGCGUGUCCCUGGCUGCGCUCAAGAAGGCCCUGGCGGCCGCCGGCUACGACGUGGAAAAAAACAACAGUCGCAUUAAGCUGGGUCUCAAGAGCCUUGUGAGCAAGGGCACUUUGGUGCAGACCAAGGGCACGGGAGCCUCCGGCUCUUUCAAGCUCAACAAGGCGGUCGCCGGAGAAGCCAAGCCCAAGGUGAAAAAAGCUGUCCCAGCCAAGCCUAAAAAGAUCUCCGGGCCAGCCAAGAAACCCAGAAAGGCUACAGCAGUGGCUGUCCCAAAAAAAAGUAUCAAAAAGACUCCGAAGAAGGCAAAGAAACCAGCGGCAGCGGCCAAAAAAGUGGCCAAGAGCCCGAAAAAGGCCAAAGCAGCCAAGCCUAAGAAGACAAGCAGUCCAGCUAAGGCUAAGGCACCGAAACCUAAGGCAGCCAAGCCUAAAGCAGGCAAACCCAGGAAAGCAGCCCCCAAAAAGAAGUAAGGAAACAGCUAUACAUACUUAUACCAUAAAGGCUCUUUUCAGAGCCACCCAAAUAAUCGAUAAAGGAGCUUAUAAAAACUGCAUUAGGGGUGG